AUGGUUGAUGCUACGUCUGGAAGUCAGAAUACCAACGAUUCGAUGGAUAUAUCCCCGGCAUUAUCUACCGCCUACUUCCCAAGUCUGCCCCAAUACUCAAGUCUGCCUGAAAAGCGCGUUAGUGAAUUUACCAGCAAAUCAUCCAGCAAGAAAGUGAAGAAGCAUGUUUCGAAAGAAGAUUCUCCUAUAUUAAAAAAACUUAUUGAGGAAUUGACAUCAACGAUACCUGAAAAUUCUAAAAAAGCAAUAGAAGUCAACGAAAGCACCAAUAAUUUUUUGUACCAUUAUAACAAAAUUAUGCAGACUGAAUCUAAAGCGAGUAGAGAAGUUAUUGAAAGUUAUUUCAACUUUGGUGAAGCUAUGAAAAAACGUUUCGAUUAUUAUAAGAAUCUGAAACAUGGAGAUCGAGCUUGCUUGGCUCUUGUUAAUGACGAAAUCCGGAAACAACUCCCCGAUAAUAUCACCAACGAUGCAUUGAAAAAAAGAAAAGAGCGAGCAGGAAAAAUAUAUGGUUUAUUUGUUAGUAUUGGUAAAGAGAAAAUAAGAG